ACGUACUACGCGACGCUCUCGCUAACCGCCGGUUACAAUAUCAUUCCGCGGCUACUAUUAUAUUAUAUACGAGUGCGCCGCGUCUCACGUCAGUCCGUCUGACGUAGCGUCCUCUGCUCAGCCAUCGCGGUCUCAGCGAACCGUGUGUGCUGCGCGCGUGUGUCGUCGGCGUUUGUGUAUUUGUGUGUGUGUGUGUGUGUGCGCGCGUGUGUUCAGUGCGCGGGCCCUGCGAGCGUGUGUGCGUGUGUGCGUGAGCGCGCGACGCGUAUAAAAUUGCGGACACCAUCAUCGGGUCAGUGUGCGCCGGUGCGUGUCAAUCAUAUUCGCAAAUCGCGCGUACUAUUUCGUUUUCGUUCUUGUUUUUGUUUUUGUUUUGUUUUGUUUUUUUUCUGUUAUUUAAAUCGUUUUCAUUUUUCUCGCCGAUCUCUUCGAUCGUUUUUUUUUUUUUUUUUAUCAUUUUUACCGUCGUUUCAAAUUCACUUCCGACGUUUUUGACAUUAUACUACAUAUCCUCUGAACUGUCCCACCACGCGAUAUCGUUCUAUUCGCGAAAAAGUAAAACGUCUAACACGCAUAAUAAUAUACAUCACGAUAAAUUAAUAUUAUAAUUGUUUAGAAAUCAUAACGUUAUCGUCGUCGACAAUGCGUCUGUUACGACAUAAUAAUAUUAUAAUAUCGUAUUUUAGUUCGACUGCGGAUGUGUCUUGUGAAUAAAUCGCCACCCGCUGGACCCGAACUAAAGAUCACAUAGAUGAUCUCGUGGAUUAUUAAACAUUCGAGACUUUCGCAUGGAGAACGGGCAACUGCAAUUUUUAAUAUCCUGUGGAUUUGAGGACGUCAUAGUCGCAAAUUACGCAUCAUAUCAAUCAUACUACUAGGGAGAGAAACGUCAUGCUUAACUGCACCGAUGCCGAGUGCACGUUGCACCACCACCAUAUUCAUGUGGAUCCUAUACAACAUCAUUUACAAGAUGACCGGCAACACCAUGAACAUUCCUCAGUUAUGUCCAGUGAUGCGAACAGUCUCAACGACAUAUAUCAGGGGUUCAUUAACAGCAGCGCAAAUCCAGAAUAUUCUUCCGAACAUGUCGAUGUUCCAAACGAAGGAGUAUACAUGGUGUGCGGUGUCCUCAUCGCCAUGGUGCUCGUCGCUGUGAUAAUAGUAAUACUAGCAGUUACUAUAAGCAAGCUUAGGAAGCGCGAGGAAUCGGCCGUAGCUGCCGCGGCCACUGCAGCGGCCACAGCCGUCGCCACCGCCAACACGGCCAUCAACAACAACAACAACAAUAACAACAAUGUGGACUGUCAGCUGUCCCAUGCACAGCCCGUCGACGUCGCCGUUGUCACAAACGUAUCGGGUGACGUGGGCGAUGCGCCCGUACCUUUACCGUUCCUCUGGCAAUAUUCUGCCAAAAACGCUGCAGCCAAAAACACCAAUGGGUAUAACUCACCGUACAGGCUGUACAGCUCCGAUCAGGACACAUUGGUGUGCAGUGUACCCAUCGAAGAAACCGCAGAGCACCGCAAGGGACUACGGAAAAACUUGCGAGGCAAGUGGCGAAGACUGGUGCACAAAAAACAACAGCAACAGGACGCGUACAAAAUACCCGCAGAACUGCGGGACCAGCUCAAACAGAUAUAUGUGUACUGAUUCUAAAAGUUUGUUUCUCCAAGACAAUCCACAAAACCUAUCAAAUUUGCAAUCUAUUAUUACUAUAUUAUUUUUAUUAUAUUUUUUUUUCUAUGAAAGGACAAAACAAUAUUGUAUGUUUUUAUGAAUAACGUACCUAUGUAUAAUAAAUUUUCAUUCCUCUUAGAGAAUUAAGUUAAUUUGUAUUUGAUUUCACACACUAAAAAAAAAAGGAAGUUGACCCAUUGAAUGUACCACUUUUUGAUAAAUUAAUGAUUGAAAAAAUACAAUACAAUAAUAUUUUGGUUUUGUUAAAAAAUGUAGACUGUUAAAUGAAAAACUGGCAGUUUUAAUGUAGGAAGAAAAAUCAGGUGCCAUCGUUAAUAACAUCAUAUUAUUACUUAUUAUUUUUGUUUUAAAUUCGUGAUAUAGGUAUUAAUUAAUAUAAUUUAAUUUAAACACAACUAUUAUAUUAAACAUGAUAAUAUAAUACUUGUGAUAAGUAGGUAAUGUACAUAUUGAAUAGUUAAGGCCAUACCUAAUAUAGUUUUAGUAAUUUUAGUAAACUACUAUUAAUGAAAUAUUACUUAUGUAGAACUUCACAAUAUAAUUUAGUAGUAUUUUAAAUUGAAAACUGUGAGCUUCUUUUAUGGUGAUAACAUUAUAAAAUAAAAUAAAUUUAAAAGACUUAAAAUUGUAUCCCUUAUUGCUCUUUUUGCCAGCAUUGUAUAUUUAUUAUCCAAGAAUUAAAAUGUUUUUUGACCAAUUUUUAUAUGAACUGUGUGUAUAAUCAUUAAAGAAUAAUAUACAACUGGUAAAAUUAUUUUAUAAUUUUGAGAAUUGAACCUGCUCAGAAACAUCAAACACAUUUUAAUGGAACAUAAAUAUAUUUUUUAAAAAAAAAAUCUUGCCUAUCUAGCAGAAAAAAAUUAAUUUAUUCAAAAACUAAAAUUGUGAUUUUUGUCUAUGUAAUUAGUAUGUAUCGUAUGGUAUCAACUGAUCUUUGUGUAUUUUAUUCUAUUUGUAUCUAGUUAGUCAUACAUUUUCAUUCUAAAAUAUAUAAAGUAAAAAAUGUCUAGAAUUGUAUAGUAUUAUAUAUUUAUAUAUAAAUCACUGUUCAAUGUUACAAUAUUACAUUGUUUUGACUUUAUAACUGAUACCAUUUGAAAAUCAUAUUUUUGCUCAUGAUAAUUAAGAAUUGUUUUGUUUUAAAAACAAUGUAAAUAAUCAAUCAUCAAAUUUGUCUCCAUUUUAUGAUUAGUUUAUUUAUUUAUUAUGUUAUGUAUAAUAGAUCGUUUUUAAUUUGAACAAUAAUUUUUGCCUACAAAUCUUUUGGUUUUAAAUUUUUUUUUUUUUUUAUCGGCCUGAUAUGACUAGCGGAUUUAAAUAAUUUUUGCACGUAAACAAUUCUAAAUUGAUAAUCGCAUAAUUGUUAAUUUAAAUCUGCUUGUGAAAUGUAAAAGAAAGUCGUGGCCUAUACUGUUAUUUAAAAAUUUUCUAUUGUCAAAUCUGUUCUUAAUGAUAUAUAAAAAAUAAUAAUAACAAAUAAACAUGUACUUUGUACAUAAUUUUCAAUGUACUAA